AUGGUUUGCGGCCAGAUUAUGCCAUACUUCUUUUCCGAGAGAGCAGCUUUCAUCCUGUCGAGUCGGGGGCGCCUUCGUACCCCAGUCGUUGAUGAAACGGGUGAGGUCAUUGACUGGGAUUGUUACCAGUUCAUAUCGAUGCAGCACGGGUCGCAAAUCUUAUCCGCAGCCACCUUAUAUCUACUUGCGAGACACUUUUGUCGCGUGAUAUCAUCUCUUGCAAAUCUUAGCCAGUAUUUCAAUCUUUCCCGUCUUUUGUGCAAUCUCUCUUUUGCUCUACACUGUAUCCCAAUGAUGUCUCGACCGCAUAGCAUGCCAGACUUUGCAGCGCUAAUUGACACCUGUGCACCACUCCUGGAAAAGCGUAUACACAACCGGCGACAAACCUCUCCAGAUCGCAGGCAUUUGCAACUCCGCAAUAAACCCAGCGUCUCUUUAGCUACUGGACUGAUCAUGAACAGCGACAGUCAACGAAGUUUACCUCCAGGAAGCUCUCCACUGAAGCCCAGGAACCGCGAGGAGCCGGGGCUAGUAGAAUCCAAAGAAGACAAUGACGGGGGAAGUUUAUUCUAUGCUUAUGCCUUGAGGUGCGACCUUCCCAGCUUACCUCCAUGUAUCCUCACUUUUGCCUCGCGGAACAUCUGCUCGCGAUGGUGGACUCUUGUUGAGCGCGAGUGUGCAGAAUCUGCACGACUGAGUCCACAGCUCUUUGUCAUAUGCGGUGCACAUCUAGACACGAUGCGAAGCGACUCCAAGUUCUACGAGAUUCGCAACAUGUGGUUCUACACCUCACAAGAUGGCGUUGGAUUUCCACCGGCCGUCAUUCCGUCACAGGCCGCCAAUUCCUGCCUAGCCCCGGGUCCUCAAAGAUCAAGCUCGGAAAAUUCCGCCACGUUUGCGCUUGUCGACCUCGCGGAGAAACUUGAGAGGUUGACGGGCAUCGUGGAAAAGAACGCUGAACAAAUACAUGCCCUUUCGGUGGCACAGUCGGCGGGGCUUGAGCACAUGCAGGAGAUUAAUGAAGCCAACAGUUCCCAAAUAAAGGCCAUCGGUGAUGCCCAGCUAAAGCUCCAAUCACUUGUUGAUCAGAAUGCUUCACACUAUAUCGCCCUUUCCAACACCUCCUUCCAAUCUCACGAGCAGACAAAGAAGUCGCAGGACCAGACGCGCAAGGCCCAAGAAGAGACCAGAGACAUUCUGAACACUACCAUAUCCAAGUUGAUAACGCUUUCCAACAACCAAGAAAAGCUUUCACAGACGUGCGAAAAUAUGAUGCGAAGUGUUGAGAAGCUGAGCAAUUCGGUUUCACACGUCAAUAUGACCGCAAUCUCAGAUAUGGCCAGUUUGCAGUCAGCCAAUGCCACAUUUCCAUCACCUGCACUUUCCAAGCGUAUGAGUCCAGGCCCAAGAAAGCUCAAUCGACGGAUCAAAGGCGUUUGGUAUGAGUAUGAUGAACCUUGUAGUACGUCAGGAAUACUGAACAAAAGUGGUAAGGCUCUGGAUAAGCCAUAA